AUGACUGAGAAAAUGAGUUCCCAAGAUUGCUUUCAUGAAGGUGCCAGUGCUAUCACCCUUAAAUAUCUAGUCGAUACUGGUUUGCAACUUGGACUCUUAGACCAAAAGGGGGGUCCGUCACCGGCAACGGAGACACCAAAAAGAUUCUCGGAAGCUCUCCAGCGGUUAAUCUCGAGCGAUGUCGACGCAAACGAGACGUACAAUGAUCAUUCUCUGCUUAUGCUCGCUGCACAGUUCGAAAAUGUGUGGUGCUGUAACAUCUUGCUGAGGAAAGGGGCAAAUAUAAACUGGAGAGAUCAGCAUGGAGAGUCAGCCCUGUUCAAGGCCGCAGCCAACAGAAACGUCGAAACAGUACGAUUUUUGUUGGAUAGUGGGGCGAGUGUCAGUGGAAGAGGAUGGAAGGGAAGAUCUAUGAUACAAUUAUCUCUUCCCUCUCCUAUAGCCUUGCUGUCGGUAAUGCAGCGCGUACCCGAACCACAUGCAGAUUCAUAUGACGACGACGGGCAGGCUCCGAUACACUACGCCACCAUGAAUUCUGAGCUCCAUGCCAUCGAGACACUCGCAAAAUAUGGUGCAAAUGUUGAUCUUUUGCCGUCGAAAGGGCCUGAUAUCACGCCACUCAUGGCGGCCGUGGGUCAGGGAAAGUUCGAUGUUGCUGAGUGUCUUCUCAACCUCGGCGCUGAAGUAAAUUACCAAAAUAACCUAAAGAAAACAGCUCUGCAUACUGCCAGAACAACAGGAAUGAUCAGAUUACUCCUUAAACACGGUGGUGAUGUUAAAAUGGCUGAUAAAGAUGGGGACACAGCUCUUCAUUGCCUGGCCCAGACGCCUUUGCCCAGCGGAGAUGAUGUCCGAAGGCUACUUAAUGCUGGUGCAGAUAUAAACGCCAAGAAUAGGUUCGGCUAUACACCACUUAUGCGUGCUAUAAUUGCAAAAAACCUUUCCCUAGUCGGCCAUUUGCUCUCUAAGGGUGCUGAUCCGAACAUUGCCGACAUUUCGUCUAUAUCACCACUCCAAUGCGCAUGUGAGAUAGGAAAUGCAAAGAUCGUGAAGCGGCUCUACGAAUCUGAAGCAUUGACGGACCUUGCCAUCGACGAUGGCUAUGGGGGCCUCCUGCAUGCUGCCUGCACCAGCCCGGCUGGCGACGAUGCCGUGCGUGAAGUGAUUCAGUACCUCAUGGAAGUUGUCAAAGUGGAUGUGAACCAACUUUAUGAGUUGCACGGGACGAUUGACGGGACUGCCGUUCAUUUUGCCUGUUUUCGGGGUAGCUCACAGAUUUUGAAGUUACUCAUCGAGAAAUACCACGCAAAAUAUGAAUUAUCCAAUGACGCAGGCCACUUGCCAAUUCAUCUGGCAACCAUCGGACGGUCCGACUGCUUCCAGCACUUGUUCAACCUCGGGUGCGAUAUUCAUGCCACUGAUAAGACGGGUCGCAACCUCCUACACUGGGCAGCACAAAACGGCAACACUGAAGCCGUCAGUCUGAUACUCUCUCAACCUGACGUAGACAUCGAUGCAGCUGAUAAUGAUGGCUGGACCGCUCUAUGCUGGGCAGCUCGCGAUAAACGUGCUAUUAAAUUCAAUUCUUUUCGUCGUGCAGCUCAGGUAGAAAUCAUUGAGCUCCUCCUCCAAAAAGGAGCCAGCAAGUCUGUGAGAGUUCAUGGCGAUAAAAAUGAGAUGUGGAAACCACUGGACAUUGCCAUCUUUUCCGAUUCUAUGGGUAGAGUUAAAGAACUGCUCAUGGAUCAGCCCGUUGCCGAGGAGGAAGUGGGAGACAGCGAAGAGAAAAAGGGCCAUCUACAUCUUGGAGCUUGUCGUGGCUGCCAUUCGGUAAGCAUCUAA